AUGGCGUUCUCUGAUAGCCUUUGGUAUCUGAGGUUGAGAGAGAAGAUUCACGCCGAUGCCCAGAUGGCCUUGGAGCAGAAGUCUGCUGCAGCCCACCCCAAAGUUCCAGAACAAAAAUCUCCGGAUACUCCGUCGCUGGCAAGCCCUGCGCCCCACAUCUCUGCUUCUGCAGUUGCAGGCCAGUCAAGUGAUGACACACUUCCGUAUGAACCUGCGGCAGUUGAGCUUCCGGACAGUCUACCACCAACAUCGUCUCCGGCCAAGACUGCAGAGGAACGUCGUGCGGCUUACCAGGGUGCUGGUGAGUUAGGCUCAGAAACUGCAGUUCUUGGGGCGACCUCGGAACGUCCGGAAGAUCCAAAAGAUGCGGAACCAUUCACGGAGAGUGAUGAGGAGGCGAUGGCGAAUGGGCAAAGGUGGGAUCCGCCGCAAGAACCUGUGGCAAAUCCGGGCACAGCCUUCGUGCUCUGCGUUCUGCUCUUGGUGUGGAGCUUUGACGUUCCACAGGUGUAUUCAUGGAUCGAGUAUUUUGCCGGUGAAGGAAACCUCACAAAAGUUAUGAUGGCAGCCGACUAUCGGUCAACCAGAUUGGAUUUGUUGGACAACAUUCAGCCACCUCACCGGAAUUCCAACUUUAUGGAUAUGACCCACGGAUCUGGCUUUGCGCUUGCUAUCUUAUGUUUGCUUCGAACAGUACCUGGGCCUGGUGGAUUUGCAACCCACUUCGGGAUAAAGUGCUCCUCCUUCUCCAAGAUGAAUAGAGGUACGAGCCAGCGCUCAGCAUGUUCCUCGAGCGGUUUUGGUGGCUACCAAAGCGUGCGGGUGGGAAACAUGCUCCUUGAAAGGACAUGUUGUUUGAUACUCCUUGCGACUGCGUUGGGUGGUGCUUGGAGCCUAGAGCAGCCAUCCGGAUCGCUACUAGAAUUUUAUCCAGUGUUCAGGGAAAUGCUGGAGAGCAUUUUCAAUUGCGGAGGCGCACACGCGGUCUCAAUGGUCCAGUGGUGGAUGGCGCACUAUUCCUCUGCUACUCCAAAGCGCCACUACGCUUACGGGAACAGUGAAGAGAUUCUACGAUUUGACAAGGGCAGGUUGGAGGGCUGGAAAGGCGAUCCCCGCUGCAAGAAGACGACAGUUGACCGUUAUCGUGAUUCAACAGGAGCCGUUCGAUACAAGGGGAAUCGAAACCUACGUGGGACAGAGGUGUAUCCAGUCCCAUUUGCUCGGCUAGUGGCUGACCUUGUGGAGGAGCACAAGGCCAAAGCGAAAGGCCAACCUGAGUGCCCCGAUUCAGGUGUUUUUCCACCUGCUUUGGAGACGUUUCAGUCGGCGGGCUGGCAUGAAAGCGAGCUCUGGGAAUAUGUAGACUUCACCCAACUGUUUGGAUACUUGAGGGGCGGCACUCGCCUAAAGAUCCCUGAAGAGUGGAGGCCAGUGAUUCCCGGGGGGCUGUGA